AUAAAUUCAAAUUUGUUAAUAUUAUUGAUGAGUAUUAUCAAACAAUAAUUCAAUAAAGGACAUAUAUCUAUGCUUGCAUAGAUGCUUGAUCGAAAAAUGACGCCAAGUGAUUCAUUUCAAGAGGAAAUUUUCAAUGAAACCAUAAUAGAAGAAAUUGGAAAAUAUCCCUGUUUAUACAAUAGUGAGGAUGCCAAAUUUGGAGGUAGUUUUGGAAGUAUUUGGCAAGAUAUUGCUGCAGUAGUUGACUCAACUGUUACACAUUGUAAAUUGCGAUGGCAAGAACUGCUGCAGAAGUAUGAACAAGAGAGACUGAAUUCCGUGGAGCUCAUCUCAGAUUGGGUUCAUUUUCAGUCUAUAGAUCAAAUGUUGCAGCAUGGAAUUGUCAAGGUAUGCCGCAACUUUGAUGAGUCCGAUAGCAUUGCACAAAAGAAACAAAUUUGCCGCACCUGUCUGAAGGUUGCAGACUUAUGCAACACCUAUCAUAUAUUUGAAACAGAAAACCUCUACACACCAACCUAG